GCCGGUUAGACGACGAGGGGAGGAAGAAACGUAGCUUGGACAUUCACAGGGUAUAGCGGAGGAGACGAGAGGUCUUCACGCGCCGGAGUCACUGAAAAACACCAGGUUGAACGCGAAAGUAGCAUAAAGAAGGACGCAAUGGCGGCUGUUUCAUAAAAACAGAGGAGGGGAAAGUUUUUCAGAGAAUGCGGAGAGGAAGCACAUGCAGGAAAAAGGAUGAGGACUAUGUAGGAAUUCCUGACUGAAGUCAUGGGUUCGGAGGCAAUGGAGGAUUGCGUGCAGGGGGCGCUCUCGUCACUUUAUCCCCCUUUUGAGAGCACGGCACCGCCCCUCCUCUCCCAGGUCUUCUCGGUCCUGGAGUCAACCUAUCAACAUGACAGUCUUCGAUACCUCCUGGACUACUUUGUUCCUGCCAAGCACCUCCUGCACAAGCUCCAGCAGCAUGCCUGUUCUCAGUACCUGGGUUGCUUGUUCCUUCACUCCGGCUGGCCUCUGUGUCUCGGCGAGAAAGUGGUCGUACAGCUCUCUACCUUGGACUGGAGGCUCCUGCGCAGUAACGACUUCUAUCUGCAGGUGGUGCCCUUCUCUACACGUUGCCCCCGGCUCGCUCUAAAAUGUCUGGCCCCUGGGGGGCGCACUGUUCAGGAAAUCUUGGUCCCUGAAUCACAGCACCCUCUCGUGUUUACAACUGAGUGGCUACACUGCAUCAACAAAGAACGAGGCCACAAAAGGGAAGUUGGAGGAGGACUCGACACCUGCCUGGUCAGUACCUGUGAUGGUGUGGUACGACUUCCCUGGAAGGAGGUUGUCUACCCAAAAUUCAUCCACGACCCUUCUGAGGAGCUUGGCCUGAUGUCCAGCCGCCUGCCCAGCGAGGGGGGCAGCAGCCUCGGAGGCUGGGGUGGCUCAUCCUCUGGAGAACCUGACUCCUGGUCCUGGGAUGAGGAGGAAGAUGAUUGUUUACCACCAGAUGGCUUAGACCAUGAUCCUGCGCUUUCCAGACGAAGGCGUAGUGAAGAUGGGCUUGGACGGACAGGGAGGCCCCCUCAACUGGAUGGGGACUAUGUUGAGCUGUUGGAGCCGAGAGUUGGUCCUGAUGGAGGGGUUGAUACAAAGCAGAGGUACUUGGAGAUGCAUGGGAUUUGUAAGACCAAAACUUUGCCACUGGUCAGGAGAGGUAAAGCCAUCAAGCUUAGGAAGGGCAAAGCUUGGGGAUACGGGAGGCUGGAGGGGUCAGGAAGCUUUCGCUCUGUCUUUGGUGCUAAAAGAGACGCUGUAUCCCCAAAAGGUGACAGUGUACCACCACAGUCUUCACUUGGCAUGACUGAACCUGGAAGAGGAAGAAGGUCGUACUCCUCUUCUGUCCAGGACUCUGACGAAGGAGAUAAAACAAGCAGGGACUCGGAGGGUCUUGGAAACCACCGGCUUUAUUUUGAUGGCCUGUUCAAAGAGAGAAAGCCUGGCGUGGGCAAAGAGAGGGAUAGUAACAGUCUCCCACAACCAUGCAAAGGUAAAGACUCGGAGAGUGGAGACAGUUCAGUCACAAAUGAAAACAAUGAUAUGACAAACCACAAAAGUGGACAUUUCAUUGAGGGCCACUCAGAUCACGGAUCUCACUCGGACUCUGUUUUUGAGGAUACGGAUAAACGACUGAGCGGAGACAGUGAUGGCACCACACCAACGUCAGAUGCACCAGAAAGACCUUUCACUGGGGUUUUAGAAAGUGAAGCCAGCUGUGGAUCAAAAAUGAAAAGCACAUCAAACCCAAAGGUGACAGAAGAAAGGGACGAUGGGAAGAUGGAGGACAGAGUGUGUCCCAGAGGAAAGGAAGUGAAAACGGCAGGAUUCAGAGCACCAAGGAGGAAAAGGAAGGGAAAGGGGGCCAAAGGUAGGGCAAGGUCUGGGGGCCGUACACACCAGAGAGUACCAAAACAACAGGGUAAAGCUUUACAACCAAGUCCAACCUCAUCAUCGGCAUUGGUAAACCUGCCAAUCACAGAGGAAAGAAAACUGGAGCAAAGAGAAGAAGCGGAUGAACCUGAUGGAGUCCCGACUGCAGCUAAUGCUGGGAAAGAAGGCAUAAGGACAAGUAGUUCAGAGACAGUGGGAGAAUCAGUUCCUGUGUGCAAUGGGCAAGCAGGCACAUCCUUAUUCAACCACUCGAAUGAAGAGGCAGGUUCAGGAGAGGCGUGUCCUGACAAAAUAAACGGUGUGGCAUCCAAAGAUCCUCCUCUUCUCAGGGACCUGGACACAGAGCUUCUCCAGUCAGGGAAAUUAAAGUUGACAGGUACUGUGGACCGGCUGGGUCGAGCUCUGGUUAUCACAGAGACAGAUGUAUCAGAGGAAAACUUCUCUGAGGAGGAGAUGGCUCGAGUUCUAGCCUGCUACCACAGAAUCACAAGGCCUGCAGCCAAAGAAAAGGGUCUCACAGUGUUAAUAGACAGCAGACGCUCUCCAGCCUCCGCUCUCUGCCUCUCUGCACUUAAACUGUUCCAGGUGUCGGUUUCUGGCGGUCUGGGAUCUGUUCUGAUUCUGGUGGAGGAGCAGCAGGAGUCUCCGUCGCAUAACCUGGAAGGACUGGAGGUUCACAUAGUUCGAGGAACGGGAGUCCUACAGCAGCAUGUGGACAAGCAGCAACUUCUCACAGAGAUGGAUGGAGACUUCACACACACUCACUCAGACUGGCUGGCAUUCAGACUUAGCCUGGAGAGUCUGACAGAGCGCUGUGAGAGCGCCCUCUCACUGCUAGGGGAGGCACUGCAGUCUAUGGACACUGAGCCCAUGCCAGACAACAUCAAGGCUGUACCUCUGAGCAUAGACAAACACAGACAGCUCAUGGCGAGCGUCCUGGCUGACCAGCGUCUAACUGAACUGCAGCAAAGAGGUGGGGCUUGGCUUGCAGGACUGACCAAUAGCUCGUCAGGACUGGCACAGAAGUCACCAGACUGCAGAGCUGCUCUCGCUGCAACCUCCAAGCUGUAUGACAGCGUGGAUGACGCCCUCCAUCGACUGGUCCGAGUGUCCAAUCAGAGAGGGCGUGACCUGGAGGCUCUGGGACGGCUGGCAGGGCUGGUGGACAAACUGGAAAAGUGUGAUAAGGAGAUUGAGCAAGUCCAGUCCCAGCUUGAAGAUUACAAGGACCCUCCUCUGUCCCUCAGCAGACUCUCACUAAAGCAGCAGAAAUUCAAGACUUUCAAAGAAACAGCAAAUGAUCUGCACAGUGAGACUCUGUCAGUGCUCAGUGAUUUGGAGGGCUGGUGUGAGCUGGACUGGGCAGGCCUGAGCGAUGUACAGAUCCGUCUUCCUCCGGUCAGAGAGAAGCUCAGAGACAUGUCUCACUGUCUGUCUGACUGCUGGACCACCCUGGAUAACACACAGAGGCUGCUGUCCACGCUGACUGAGGCCACCCAGUGGUGCGAUGCCGUCUCCACCUCUCCCUCCUCCUCUUCGACUUGCCCUCUCGCCUCUCUUCCUCCAAUUCCUCCAUCCCGUUUCCAGGAUGCUCGAUCUUUAGCCAUAGAGCUCGGUGGCGGGCAGCUCUUAGAUCUCUGGACCCAAACUGUAGAGCGCUAUCAGCGCACUGUAGCCCAGGUUAAACCCCGCUUCCUUCAAUCUGACAGGAAUCAGAAUCAGGGCCAGGGGAAGCAAAAGACGCCAUCUGCCAGUUCCUUGUGGGACCUGAUGGGUCCCGAGGGAGAGGGCGACUGGGGACUGGGAGCAGGAGGAGGAGAAGGAGGCCUUCAGUCUUGGGGAUCCUUGGCAUCACUGUUCAGACCACAGACCUGCUCCACUCUGAAGAUAGGGGAGGAGAAAGGGAACAAGAAGGAGGGAGCAGGAGGAGGAAGCGGAGGAGCAGGCGGAGCAGGAGGAGGGAAGUUUCUGCAGAAUCUUCUGAACCCUGCAAAGAAGAGUCCAACAGAAACCCCACUUCCCCCCAAGCCUCCUAGGAAACGUCAUCCGAGCUUUGAUCUCCAGGCCCUCCUGGCUCCUCGCAGAGGUGCAGCCACCCCCAAACCCGAGUCUCCAGUUGGCGGGGCCAGCCGUAACUCCCCCAUGUCCUGGCUGGGGAGACGAGCAUUAGCCGACCCUGUCAUCACCACUAGCAUGGCUGCAGCUAUACCUGGAUGGGGAGGAGGUGGAGGUGGAGGUGGUGGGGUGUUAAUCCGAGGGGUGGAGGUCAGCAGCAAGGAGGUGGUGGACCAUACGGGGUCACCACGGCAACACGUGCUACUUGGAAGGACGGAGAGGGAGACGGGGACAGAUAGAGGAGGUUCUACUGCACAGAGUAAGCUCUACCUGCUCUGGUGCCGCAUGUUGAGCUCAGAGAGGCAGUAUGUGACCGUCCUGAAGGGAGUAGAGGAGACGUACCUCCCUCUCCUUGAGCUCUCAGACACCCCAACCUCCAUCAGAGGAAAGGGAGACGCACUUUUCCCCAACUGGGCCAGCCUGAGCUCCUUCCACUCACAGAACCUGCUCCCUGCCAUGGAGGGCGCUCUGGUUCAGAGCUUGUUGCAACAGGACUGCUUCAGCAAAUAUCGAGAGCAGUUUCUGCAGUAUUCCCACUACAUCAGGACCAAACCAGACCUGGACUCUCCCCUUGUCACUCAGGCUGCAGACUUCUUCAAGUCGAAACUCCCCCCAGCCUCCCCCCUCUCCCCGCUUUCCUUCCCUCACUGUCUGCAGGCUCCCACUCAGAGACUGGAGCAGUACUGCGAGGCCCUGGAGGAGCUGGGAGGGAUAAACCCUGCCUCAGAUUCCGCCCUCUCCGUCCUGAGACACGCCCAGCGGCACGGCGAGGACCUCCGGGCCAGUGACCUCAUCGUGGGAUGUCCGAUCCCUGUGGCGGAGCGCGGCGAGCUCGUGCGACAGGGCGAGCUGACGGUGUGCGGGGGAGCUCGGAGGAAGCGCGCGGGCGUCAGGAGCGUUUUCCUUUACCAGCAUGUUGUCAUCUUCACCAAACAGAAGAGCCCCAGCCCGGGACGCACUGCCUACAGCUACAAACACAGCAUCAAGACGGGUGAGAUGGGUCUGACUCAGAGCGUGGGGGAGGACGGGCUGAAGUUUGAGGUUUGGGUGCGACAGGCUCCCCGAACCAAAGACUGCAUCACUCUGCAGGCGAAGGAUCGCGACGACAGGGCAGCCUGGACUCACGAUAUCGCCCACCUGCUGUGGACUCACGCCAUCAACAACACAGAGUUGUGUUUAAAGGAGUCUCUGUGUAUGGGAGUUUCCAGUAAGUUGCUGCUGGACGCGACAGGAACGCCAGGCUCUGAGCUGGACUCCAUCUACAGCCUCAAUGACAGAGUCCACAGUAGCUGCUCAGACUCCUCCUCUGUCGGCAGUCAGAAGGAGGGGGGAUCCCCAGCGUCUGGGAGGGACCCCCGGAGAAGCUCUGGAUCAACAAGUUACUCACAGAGUCAGUCCCCGUCUACGGCGGUGUAACGAUCAUCUCAACAAAAAAACUGGAUCCAGGACUGUUUUGAGGAUUCAAACAUCUCAAGGAGAGCAUAACUGGACUUCAUGAGGAGCAAAAAGAGAGACCUUCUGACUCUUUUUGAACUUCUCCCACAUGCCUGCUCUCCCUUCCUCUCCUUAAAACAAAUAAAAUGCCAGCAGAUUAUCCAGAGCAGCACUGCACUGCUUUUCCCCCUCCCGGCUCUGAUAAAAGGAAAAAGCUGCCUCCAAAAAGGAUCAAAACUGCCCUGUUCAGACCAUGACAAGCACCAGCGGGGCUCUGCUGUGCGUUUCCGCCAUUUUGGAUCUGCCAGUCUCAGUUGCUGGCAGAGUCAUUGACACCAAAGGCACUUCAGCCACACAGUGCGGCCAUUGUCUGCCCCGCGGCUCCCCACUAGGCCAAACCACUCGGUCUGAACCACUGACUGGCUGGCUGACUGUACGCAUCACAUGCUUCCACAUCUGAUAAUAAACAGGAAGGGAUACAUAUAAGGGGCGUAAAUCCACUGUAGGAUUGCAGAUUGAGAAUGUAUUAUUGUACUUUAUUUUCAUAAGGCUGAAGGCAGUACUGUAGGCUCUGUGUGCAGAAAUCAUGGCAAAGGCUCGGUGUGAUUGCAUCUAUGUAAAUGAGACAAACGCACACCCUCUACGCAUGCAGUCAUUCUUAUUGUUAUAAGACAGUGGAGCACUAUUCACACUCACUGAGGCCGUUUUACUGCCUGGUACAGUGACUAAAUCAACAUCUGGACACGUACGGUUAGCAUGGCCUCCAUGAUGAACAGCAAAGUUUUACAGUAUCAUAUCUACCAGCUAUUCUUUUUGACAGUGUUUGUUUAAGCUAAAAUGUAUUUACAGUGUUUAAAAAUGUAUUAAGUCUUUUAAGUAUAACUUAUGUCAGCUACUUGUUGCCUUAAAAUGUUAAAAGUAUACUGAAAUACAGUUAUAAUGGCUUUAAUUUCAUAUCUUUUAUGAUAGGAUGCCGUACUUUAUAUGCCAAAGGUAUACAAUGGGUGUCUGUGCAAUGUAGAUUUGUGUACAAAGAGGUGUUGUUGCAUUUAGUCACGACUUUACUGAUUGAGAAUCUUGCUCCAUAAAAUGGAGAGAAGUAGAUCUGUGCUAAAUUUGAUUUUUACUGUUUUUGUGCUUGCGGCUAACCGGCAUGAAAUAUCUGAUUCUUUUAAAAGAGGUCACCAACCUUAGUGUGACUUCCGGGAAAAGGAUUUCCUACAAUUCCCUAAAAUAUCAGAACACGGAAAAGUUGGUGAUAUUUUUUGAAGCUGUUUUUUAAAAAAUGUUUCAGAAAAGUUCGAUUUUUAAGGAUGUUUUUGCCAGUUUUCUUUUCACCUGAGGUUGCCUGAGAUUUGCUAAAAUGCUCUUUAGGUAUAUAUGAAGCUAUCCCAUUAGCUAAGCAUGAAAUUUAAAAUGGGGAACAGCUCUAAACAGUACCUCUAAAGCUCACUUGGAACAGUUUUUCUUCUCAUUACUGGAUUCUUAUACAAACAAAUGACUAAAACGUUAUUUGCUUAAUUGCUCCCACUUUACUUCUUAUUUCUGCUGUCAAUGUUAAGUCACUAGAAAACAUCGUCAAGCUCCCCUGAACAUUUGACAGCAUUUUUACACCCUAUUUUCUGUAUGAUUGAGCAAAAAACAAAAAACAAAAACAAAAACCCACAAUUUAAGAAGCAUGCUUGAAGCAGACUGUGUUACCUCUUCACAAAGCUAUGCUAGCUGUUUCCUCUGCCUUCCAAGACACUCUAGCCACAGACCCUAGAUCUCAGACACCCCCUCUUGCUGAAUGCUACUGUGAGACAACGUCUCUGCCAGAAUGGAAGUGCAGUACAUCAUAUUUCUAGUUUUAGCUUUUUUUAAUUCAACUUUAUUCAUAAACAAGACAAGUCUGGUUCUGGGUAAAUUACAUAUUGAUCUGUAUUAGAAAUUGGUGAACGGUGGCUCGCUUAAGCUUUGUUAGCUUUAGCUAAAGCUAUGUAUUUUACUACAUAAGCCAGUGCAGCUAAUUUGGCUUAAGCAACAUAAGCUUUGGCAAAAAUAGCUAAAGCUAAUGUAGCUAUGUUGUCUGUGUAUGUAAUGUAGCUAUAUGGCAUAUGUAGCUAACAUUAGCUUUGUAGCUUUGUUAAUAAAAGUAUUAAUUGGCUUUGUGAGCUUUAGCUACGUUGACUAUGUAGCUCUGUUAUCUACAUAGCUUAUGGAGCUAUGUAUGCUCCGUUUGCUCCGUAGAGUGUUUUAAUGGAGGAAAAAGCUUUUUCCUAUAAGCAGACUGUUUACUCUGCUUUACUAAAUGUUUUGUAAUCACAUUUUGCAGGUCAGAUUUUUUACUUUAACCUUUUGUUAUUCUUUCUCUUACCUUAACCCUUAUCUUAAACUAACUGAAAGUUUAAUCCUAAUUAAGUUUUAAAGUUUUAGCAUAUAUUAACAUUCUGACAGAGGUGUUGUCUCACAGUUGCAGUCUUUAUGCUAAGCUAAGCUUACCAACUGCUUGUGCUAAUUUCAUAUGGACCUUUGAUUUUAAGAGUUGUCUCAAUUUAUCAACCAGCUCUGGUCAGUAAAAUGUGCCAGUUAAGCUUUAACUAGCUACAGUUUUGAAGGUAUUUGUUUUGGACUAUUUGCCUUCAAUCUCAACUGAGAUUAAGGAAAAAAAAUGUUUUUGCCUUAUCCACACUAAUUAACCAUUUAAUAAUAAUAAUAAUAAUAAUAAUAAUAAUUAACCAUUCCAAUGCCACCUCUGAUUUUCCUGUCAUUGUUGCCCCUAAAACCUAAACUAUACCAAAUCAUUCUCAAAGUGCAAAAGUAUUAAGUAUUAUUUGGCACUGCAUUUUAUUAUUUUCUCUUAGUGACUCAUCCAUCAUGUACUUCAAGUAGAGCUCAGCAGUGUGGUUCUGGAAGUCAAAGCAGUACUGUGCAUAUGUUUUAGGAAUGUUUGGGCCAACAUUUGAGGCUGAAGUAAGGGAGGAUUGACACAACCCUGGUCAUGCUCUGGAUGUCCUUGCUUAUCACCAAGGGCAUGGAAAAACAAUCUUUUGAAAAAAUAGUCCACACCUUUAGGGCAGAGUGAAGGCAUAGCUAAGGCUACUGUCCAGGCAGGAAGUUGCCAUGAUCCCCUGGUUGUUCUGUGGAUGUCCAGAGGACUCGAAAACCACCAGCGGCCUCAGAGCAUCACCAAGGACAAAAGAGAUGCUGUUGACCUUGGCUGCCAAGGUCAAGCUCAACAGCAUGUGCCGACAUAUGUAAAGCUUGUCUCUAGAUCAGUGGUUUUCAAAUGGCGAAGCAAGUCUAGGUGUACCUCGGGAAUUUUUACAACCAUGUGUGAUUAUUAUGACUAUACAAAUAUGGAAAAAUUGGACAUCAUCUCUGAUAACAAAAAAUUCAGUUUUAUAUCUGGUAUUUUCUUACGGUGCUUUUGUGGCAUAUGCAUGUUUUUUGAUAAUGUGGUGUAAAAAAUGCCCAAUAACAGGUGCAAGGUUUUGGAUUUGCUACAGCACAUUGCUUCAAUCAACAUAAGGCUGAUAUAGUUGAAAUUUAUCCUGCAAAAAUAUUAUUUACCUUCACCAAGGAGGUUAUGUGUUCGGGGUUUGUUAGUUUUUUAGCAACAUAACUCAAAAAGUUAUGGACGGAUUUUGAUGAAAUUUCCAGGAAAUGUCAGAAAUGGCAUAAGGAAGAACUGAUUAGAUUUUGGGACUGAUCUGGAUUACCGUCUGGAUCCAGGAAUUUUUUUCAAGGAUUCUGUACUAGUGGGAGAUAGGGCUAAUGGCAGAGGUCUGCGCUCUCUGAGUCCUUUUCUAGUUUUAGCAUGUUAUUGUGUAUUUCAGUUGUUUCAGAAAGGGGAAGCAUUGUGAAUUUUUAGCAACCACGUGUUAUCACUACAACUAUAAAUCAACUAAAGAUACUGUAAGAAAAUUUAAAGAGGCAAUUUUGCAUGGAUUUGAAGAUGGUGCACCUUGAGAUUUUGGCUUGAUGUUAGGUGUACCUUGUGCAAAAAAGCUUGAAAAUCACUGCUCUAGACAACCUGAGACCAGGAUUAUGACACAGCGACUCCAUAAAGAAUCCUUAGUGCCCUAGAUGCUUUAAACUUAUGCACAUGACUGUAAGUUACUCUAGAGAUUUCAUUGUGGGUUUUUGAAUAAAAUGGUGUAGUUAGGAAAAGUGCCAAAUUAAAGAAAACAUUGGAGGCCAUAUCCAGAACCGUUAUGCUGCUGCAAGAAAAAGGUCUCCUUUCUUCUGUAGUUCCUAUGUUAUAACCAGAAGAACACAGUCAGUAAAGCCUGUAAUCGUCCACUCGCAGUGUUUGAUUGGACAGCAUGUGUAUCCCUAUCAAACAAUAUCACGCUUAAGGUACAAAAUGAAACCAUCAGGUAGCGAGAGGCGGCAGCAGCGGGAGGUUAAGCUCCAGUCUGCAGACAGCAGCAGCACUUUGUCGCCGUUAUCAGAUUUAGCACGUUUCAUAUCUGCAUCCAAAUUCAAAAAUUGCAAAUGGCUAUUGAGCCGUCUCUGAAUCAAUAUGUAAUUUGUUGGCUUCGGAGGAGCCUCGUACACUUCAUAGCCUUUAGCUGUUUGGUACAUUGCGUUAUAUUGGAAGCAAUGUAAUGAACACCAUCUUUCAUUCACAGCGCGGUAUGGAUUGUCAUAUGCAGAAAUCCUCACUUUUCUCUUGCUACGAGUGGAAGAGGCAGUAUUAUGUUAAAGAAACUUUUUUUUUUUUGCUAUGACACAUCUGCCUGAUGUUUACAUUUUUGGAGGAAUGUUUGAAAUGCAUGUUAAGCUUACUUGAUAUUGUACUUUUUUACUGUUUUGUAUCCUCUGUGUUGAAUUAAACUGGAUGCGA